GUCGUCCCCGGCGGGAUGGAGCGGCUGCUGGGGGCCGGUGUGUCGGCGGGGACGCGAUGGCGGCGGCGGCGGCUGCUGCUGCUGCUGGGGCUGCUGCUGCUGGGGCUGCCGCCGCCGCCCCCGGCCCGGGCCGACGAGCACGAGCACACGUACCUAGAUAAAGAAGAAGUUGUUUUGUGGAUGAAUACCGUAGGACCAUAUCACAAUCGCCAAGAAACGUAUAAGUACUUCUCACUUCCCUUCUGUGUGGGAUCCAAAAAAAGCAUCAGCCAUUACCAUGAAACCCUGGGAGAAGCACUUCAAGGAGUUGAACUGGAAUUUAGUGGUCUGGACAUUAAAUUCAAAGAUGAUGUGAUGCAGACCACUUAUUGUGAAAUUGACUUAGACAAAGCAAAGAGAGAUGCAUUUGUAUAUGCAAUCAAGAAUCAUUAUUGGUAUCAGAUGUAUAUUGAUGACCUACCAAUAUGGGGUAUUGUCGGUGAAGCAGAUGAAAAUGGAGAAGAUUACUAUCUUUGGACAUACAAAAAGCUCGAGAUAGGUUUUAAUGGAAAUAGAAUUGUGGACGUUAACCUCACCAGUGAGGGAAAAGUGAAAUUGGUUCCAAAUACUAAAAUCCAGAUGUCCUACUCAGUGAAAUGGAAAAAAUCUGAUGUAAAAUUCGAAGAUCGAUUUGACAAGUAUCUGGAUCCAUCGUUUUUUCAACACAGGAUUCACUGGUUUUCAAUUUUCAAUUCCUUCAUGAUGGUUAUCUUCUUGGUGGGCUUAGUCUCUAUGAUACUAAUGAGAACUUUGCGAAAAGAUUAUGCCCGCUACAGUAAAGAGGAGGAGAUGGAUGAUAUGGACAGGGAUCUGGGAGAUGAGUAUGGAUGGAAACAAGUGCAUGGAGAUGUAUUUAGACCAUCUAGUCACCCUUUGAUAUUCUCCUCGCUUAUUGGCUCUGGAUGCCAGAUCUUUGCAGUGUCGCUCAUUGUCAUUAUUGUUGCGAUGAUAGAGGACCUGUACACCGAGCGAGGAUCAAUGCUUAGUACAGCUAUAUUUGUUUAUGCUGCUACAUCUCCCGUGAAUGGCUAUUUUGGAGGAAGUCUUUAUGCUAGACAAGGAGGAAGGAGAUGGAUAAAGCAGAUGUUCAUUGGGGCUUUCCUGAUUCCAGCAAUGGUGUGUGGCACUGCCUUCUUCAUUAAUUUUAUUGCCAUCUAUUAUCAUGCUUCAAGAGCUAUUCCAUUUGGAACAAUGGUGGCUGUGUGCUGCAUCUGUUUUUUUGUUAUUCUUCCGUUAAACCUCGUCGGUACAAUUCUCGGUCGAAAUCUGUCAGGCCAGCCCAACUUCCCUUGCCGUGUCAAUGCUGUGCCUCGUCCUAUCCCGGAGAAAAAAUGGUUCAUGGAACCAGCGGUUAUUGUUUGCCUGGGAGGAAUUUUACCCUUUGGGUCGAUUUUCAUCGAAAUGUAUUUCAUUUUCACUUCGUUCUGGGCAUACAAGAUCUACUAUGUAUAUGGCUUCAUGAUGCUGGUCCUGGUUAUUCUCUGCAUUGUGACUGUUUGUGUGACUAUUGUCUGCACCUACUUCCUGCUCAAUGCAGAGGAUUAUAGGUGGCAAUGGACGAGUUUUCUUUCCGCUGCAUCGACUGCAAUCUAUGUUUACAUGUACUCCUUUUACUACUACUUUUUCAAAACAAAGAUGUAUGGCUUGUUUCAGACAUCAUUUUACUUUGGAUAUAUGGCGGUAUUUAGCACAGCCUUGGGGAUAAUGUGUGGAGCGAUUGGUUACAUGGGAACAAGUGCCUUUGUUCGAAAAAUCUAUACUAAUGUGAAAAUUGACUAGAAAACCCAGAAGACCGGGAACUCUGGAUCAGUAACUGUUUCGUCGGGGUGGACCUUGCAUAGCAAAAAAGCGCAAGAAGAGAGUUGGGGUUUUAACACUGGGUACUCUGUGGGUCUCCGUCUUGUGGAUGGCUUAAAGUAACAUCUAUUUUCAUUGAUCCUAGGUUCUUAACUGACUGCUUUCUCCAACUGUUCUCAGCCAAUGCUUGGAUUAUAUGCAGUAGACAUUACUACAGCACAUGGCUAAUCUUCCCAAAAACUAGCUCAUUAAAGAUGAAUAGACUAGCUCUCUUCAGUGAAGAGGACAAACAGUUUAUUUAAAGCAUUCGUUCCAUUUGACUAAAAAGAGGAAAUCUCGGCUGCUAAAACCACAGGAAUAGAAAUCUUCCUGGUACCUAACAUUUCUAAAUUACUGAAAAAGUCGUUCCGGAAAGAUUACUUUUCUCUUACUUUGGUUGCCAUUGUCGAGACAGUGGGAUUGUUUUAUAUUUUGAAUCUGGUUUCUGUUUGGGCUUUUUUUUCCUGGUUCGUUUGCAAGAUCGAUUAUACCUACAUCCAUGUGUUUUAAAAGAACUUUAAAAAAUAUAUUACAGCCUGCAUGUAUUAUAUCAGCUAUCAUUCUAGAAGGACCAACUUCCCGUUUAUUUAUCUUUAAAAUGCCUAUCCAGUUCCAUCUUAAAUCCAUCCAAAGAAGAUACAGUCUGAAGACAGAGGUGUGUGUUCUCUGCCAUGCAAAUUUACUGUACAGUUAGAAAGCAAAAUGUUCAAUGAAGAAGAUAUUUGUUUUUAUUAAACAUUUUGAGAUCUAGAAAAACACCAACAUUUUAACUGAAUGUUUAAAGUGAUUCUCCCUUUUUUCCCCUAAGUUAGUCUUUCAUCUUUUGUUUAGAUUUGAAUGAAGGCUCUACUUAAGACAUUAUUAAAAAGGGGGAUAAUAAGUGUAUAUAACAUUAAAUAAUGUAUCUUAGGUGUAGAUCCCAAAUGCAUCUGGAUGUACAGAUUUACCACAGAGUCCUUUUUUCUGAUGAUUUGGUGUAGAAACGUGUGAAUUUGGGUGGCUUUUUACAUCUUGCCUGCCAUUGCAUGAAACAUUGGGGUCUCUUCACAAUGUGUGUGUCAUGCUUCUUUUGGGUUUAUUUUAUUCUGUUUCCUUUCUGGGGCCCUUAAAUGAGCUAAAUUUGUAAUUUAGGACAUUUAAUUUUUGUUAAUCCUGUCAAGACACUUGUGUAACAUCUAAAGCUCGCCGCUUUAGAGCGUUCAGAAAAUUCAAAUAAAAUUUUCUGACAAAAUUGUUUUGACUGUGCAAAUAGAUGCGUUUGCCAUUUGAAAAUAUCUGUUCCAAAAGACAAUAUAACUGAAUGCCAAUUUUUGUAUACAGUAUUAACUGUGCUUUGAAAUACCAAGAACCCGUGCUUCAGAAAAUCCAAAAAGCUUUACUUACAUCCUGGUUGCGUGGUAUGGUUCCGAAGCGGACGGCCAGCCCUUUUUGGCUGAAAUGUUUUGCAGGGGAAAACUAUUCUGGUUGGUGUACAGUGUAAAGUGAGGGUGGGGUGUGAGUGGACGAGUUAACGUAAGUGGGCAAAUAAAGGUCAUGAUUUUCCAAGUGUAA